UGCCUGUAACAUGGCGGAGUCAAGUAUCCACUUAAAUGUCUCUGGAGAGCGCUUAUUGUUUUCUUUCGCAAGUUGACACUUCCGUCUGCGUGUCGAACGCGUUCCAUGAAUUAUAUGCAAUAGAUCAACAAACUCAUACGGAUAAACGCUACUGUCUGAUGGUUGAAAUGCUGCUUGCUGCUCAAAUCCAGGACUGGAUUACAGAGCGCAGGCUCUAACAGAUAGGUAACAUGUCAACUGAUGACCGACUUCCGAUAAGGUCAAACAGUAAAACACGGAUCCGGCGUCCAACGCUGUCACUGCUGCCUGAACCAGAGCGGAGCUGAGUCCAGCUCUGCUUAGCUGGGAUCCAUUACCGGUUCUGACUGAGUUCAACGUGCUGAGUGCCAGCAUGGCCCGGAAGAGGUGCGAGCUUUCUGGCCUGGAGGCGGCGCUGGUCGUGCUGUUCGUCUUGAUGACGACUGUGUGCGUCGUCCUGAUCUCACUGAUGGUCGUCUGGAAAACAGACACAGAUUCUGACCCGGAUCCAACCCAUCCUCCCAGUCCACAGCCUCAGCAGGAUCCCUACCUGAUCGGAGUGGGCCGGGCCGACUGUACCGGGCCACCAGCUGAAAUCCCUAUGAUGGGCUACGCCAACCCUCAGCAGACGGCUGCAGGCAUACACACUCGACUCUACAGCCGAGCCUUCAUCAUUGACGACGGGAAGCGUCGAGUCGUGUUUGUCACUGCAGACGUGGGAAUGAUUUCACAGAGGCUGCGGCUGGAGGUUCUGCAGGCGCUGCAGCGGAAGUAUGGGGACCUGUACCAGCAGGAGAACGUGGUUCUGAGUGGGACUCACACCCACUGCGGACUGGGAGGGUAUUUCCAGUACACGCUGUUCAUGGUGACCAGUAAAGGCUACAUCAAGGAAUCGGCCAAAACGCUGGUCAACGGCAUCGUCAAGAGCGUAGACAUAGCCCACCGCAACAUGAGACCAGGCAGGAUCUACCGGAACCGAGGAGACCUGGACGACAGCAGCCUGAACAGGAGCCCUCACUCGUACCUGAACAACCCGGAGGGCGAGCGACAAAAGUAUAAGACAAACACAGACAAGAAGGUGGUGGUGCUGAAGUUCACUGAUCUAGAUGGGGAUGGCAUUGGAAUGAUCAGCUGGUUUGCCGUCCACGCCGUCAGCAUGAACUACACCAACCAGAUGGUGAGCAGCGACAACAUGGGCUACGCUUCCUACCUGCUGGAGCAGGACAAGAAUCCUGGAGAGCUACCUGGGCAGGGAAGUUUCGUAGCCGGGUUCUCAUCCAGUAACCUUGGUGAUGUCAGCCCCAACACCAAAGGCCCUCACUGUGCCAACACCGGGCUGCCCUGCGACUACCUGAACAGCUCCUGUCCAGUAGGAGGCACCGUCAUGUGUCAGGCGUACGGACCUGGACGUGACAUGUUUGAGAGCACGAGGAUAAUUGGACACAACCUCUACAGGAAGGCCAAGGAGCUGUACGCCGGCGCCACGGAGGAGGUGACCGGGCCUCUUCACGCUGCUCAUCAGUGGGUCGACAUGACGGACGUCACUGUGCAGAUCAACGCCACGCACACGGCCAAAACCUGUAAACCAGCUCUGGGUCACAGUUUUGCAGCAGGAACCAUUGAUGGAGGAGGAGGCCUCAACUUCACUCAGGGUGCUGUGGAGGGUGAUCCGUUCUGGGACGGGAUCAGAGACGCCAUCUUAGGCAAACCGUCUAAUGACACGCAGAAAUGUCACGACCCCAAACCGAUCCUGUUCAGCACCGGGGAGAUGAACUGGCCGCUGCCCUGGCAUCCGAAGGUGGUCGACGUUCAGAUCAUCACCAUCGGAUCAGUGGCCAUUGUAGCUGUUCCUGGAGAGAUGACAACCAUGUCAGGCAGGAGGUUGCGGGAAGCUGUCAAACAGGAGCUGGAGUCUGAGGGGACGAUCAGGGACACGGAGGUGGUGAUUGCUGGUCUGAGCAACGUGUACACCCACUACAUCACCACGUAUGAGGAGUAUCAGGUGCAGCGCUAUGAAGGAGCCUCCACCAUCUACGGCCCGCACACGCUCAGUGCCUACCUGCAGAAGUUCAGAGGUCUCGCCAAGGCAAUCGCACAGGGCAGAGAGUCUGAGCUGCCUCCUGGACCUCCGCCCCCCUUCUUCACAGAGUUUCUCUUCAGCUUGAUUCCUGCCGCAGCCAUUGACAAAAAGCCAGACAACAGCAGCUUCGGCGACGUCCUGCAGGAGGUUCUCCCCAUCUACAGACAGGGGGAUGUUGUCUCGGUUACAUUUGUGGCAGGAAACCCUCGACAUUCUGGAGACAUUAGAGAUAAAACCUUUGUUACCGUGGAGAUGUUUGACAACACAACACAAACCUGGGAUGUCGUCCACACAGAUGCAUCAUGGGAGACGAGAUUUCACUGGCUGAAGGGCUCAGACCGGCAGAGUAACGCCACGGUGGAGUGGCACAUCCCCCGGUCGGCCCCCGACGGCUCCUACAGGAUCCGACACUUCGGCCACUACAAACAGUGGAAAGGUCUCCAGCCCAUCAUCACUGCGUAUGAGGGAGCGUCCGGCGUCUUCAGAGUCACGGCCAACUUCUACUCUGGCUGAUGUUCACUGCCACAUUAGAGAAGAACCCAAAGGACUCGUUUGGUAUGAGGGCUAAACGUUAACACCUGCUUUGUUUAUUUAAUGAUGUAUGUAUGUAUGAAGUAAAUAAAGCUUCCUAAAUUCACA